AUGAACGGCUCAGUGCUGGAGCCGCUGCCAGCAGGGCACCCCGACCACUGCGUGCCCAGGGACCCGGUGCAGUUCGUGCUGGUACCCACCGUCUACUGCCUGGUGCUGUGCGUGGGGCUGCCGGGCAACCUGGUGGCUUUGGCAGUGUUCCUGCAGAGCGGCAAGGUGAGGAAGGCCAUCCGCAUCUACCUCAUCAACCUCACGCUGGCCGACAUCCUCUUCAACCUCACGCUGCCCCUCUGGAUCCCCUAUUACCUGGCAGGGGGGAACUGGCUGCUCUCGGAGGCCGCGUGCCGCCUGGCCGGUGCCGCCUAUUACCUGGCGACCUACAGUGCCAUCACCUUCAUGGUGCUCAUCAGCUUCAACCGGUACAGCGCGGUGCGGGCGGCGCGGCGCGAGCUGCCGCUCACGGGGCCCCGUGGUGCCGCCGUGGCCUCUGUCCUGGCCUGGCUGCUGGGGCUGGGCUGUGCCGUGCCCACCCUGGCCUCGCACCAGACCUUCCGCACCGGCACCGGAGCCACCGCCUGCUUCGAGCAGCACGGCCGGCAGCGGGUGUACGCCUAUGCCAUGGUGGGCUUCUUUGGCAUCGCCUUCCUGGUGCUGCUGGGCACCUACGCCUCCGUCGCCCGCGCGCUCUCGGUGCCUGCCGCAGCCUCGCCGGGCUCGCACCGGCAGCAGGCGCGUGCCAUGGUGCUGGGGAUGCUGCUGGUGUUUGUGGUGUGCGUGGCUCCCUACCACCUGACGCUGGCGCCCUGGGUGGGCACCCGGCCCCCGGUGCCGCUCUGCGGGACCCCUGGUGCCCUGGAUGUGCUGCACACGCUGAGCGUGGCCCUGCUGAGCCUCAACAGCUGCCUCGACCCCCUCGUCUACUGCUUCUCCAUCCGGCACUUCCGCGCCGACCUGGGCCGGACCCUGCGCAAGAUGGGACGGUGCCUCCCGCUCCCCCCAUCGGCCCCCCCAGUGCCCAGUGCCCGUGUGUCCUCCUUCGCCUCCUCAUAG